GAAUACCAGGAUCAGCUCUUUGUUAUUGGUUGGUUGCUGUCUGAUGGAUGGAUGAGGGAGGAGUAAGAUCAUCAGUCGGCUCUGACAGAACUGAAGUACUGAAACCAAAUAUACAGGUACAUGUGACAGUGCUGCAGCGAUGAGUGGAAUUUUAAAGAGGAAUUUGGAAGAAGUUGAGGGCUCCUUAUACUGUUCCUCUGUGCGGGAAUCAGAUGAUGAAGUUUUUAGCGGUGACAGUGCUGACAGUGGUGAUAGUGUCAAUCCAUCCACUUCUAAUCAUUUUACCCGUACAUGUGACAGCGCUGCAGCGAUGAGUGGAAUUUUAAAGAGGAAGUUUGAAGAAGUCGAUGGCUCCUCACCCUGUUCCUCUGUGCGGGAAUCAGAUGAUGAAGUUUCUAGUAGUGAAAGUGCAGACAGUGGGGACAGUGUCAAUCCAUCCACUUCUAAUCAUUUUACCCCAUCCUCAAUCCUGAAACGAGAGAAGAGGCUGAGGACGAAGAAUGUUCAUUUUAGCUGUGUUACCGUUUACUACUUCACAAGGAGACAAGGUUUCACCAGUGUUCCCAGUCAAGGAGGAAGCACGUUGGGCAUGUCCAGCCGCCAUAACAGUGUGCGCCAAUACACCCUUGGUGAAUUUGCGAUGGAACAAGAGAGGCUCCAUAGAGAGAUGUUAAGAGAGCACCUCAGGGAGGAAAAACUUAACUCUUUAAAGCUGAAGAUGACUAAGAAUGGUACCGUAGAAUCCGAAGAAGCCAGCACUCUUACAUUAGAUGACAUUUCAGAUGAUGAUAUUGAUUUAGACAACACAGAGGUAGACGAGUACUUCUUCCUGCAACCCCUGCCAACAAAGAAACGAAGGGCGCUGCUACGAGCUUCUGGAGUGAAAAAGAUUGAUGUGGAAGAAAAACAUGAGCUGCGGGCCAUUCGCCUAUCAAGAGAGGAUUGUGGCUGUGACUGUAGAGUAUUCUGUGAUCCGGAAACUUGUACUUGCAGCCUCGCGGGCAUCAAGUGCCAGGUGGAUCGGAUGUCUUUCCCAUGUGGUUGCACUAAAGAGGGAUGUAGUAAUACAGCAGGUAGGAUUGAAUUUAAUCCUAUCCGAGUCCGGACUCACUUUUUGCACACAAUAAUGAAACUUGAACUGGAGAAAAACCGAGAGCAGCAAAUUCCAACACUGAACGGCUGCCAUAGUGAGAUAAAUGCUCACACUAGUUCUAUGGGUCCUGCUGGCCACCCUGUGGAAUAUUCAAUUGCAGAGAAUUUUGAGAUUGAAACAGAACCCCAAACAACAGUGAUGCAUUUGCAGUCUGCAGAGGAGUUGGACUGCCAAGGGGAAGACGAGGAAGAGGAAGAAGACGGAAGUAGCUUUUGUAGUGGAGUUACAGAUUCCAGCACACAAAGCCUAGCACCAAGUGAAUCAGAUGAAGAGGAAGAGGAGGAAGAGGAAGAGGAAGAAGAUGAGGAAGAUGAGAAAGGAGAUCAUUUUGUAGAAGGUCUGAGCACCCAUACUGAAGUUGUGCCUCUUCCUUCAGUUCUUUGCUAUUCUGAUGGCACUACAGUACACGAGAGCCACUCUAAAAAUGCCUCUUUUUACACUAGCUCUUCAACUUUGUAUUACCAAAUAGACAACCAUGCCCCAGGCACCACGAAUCAAAUUCCAGACAACUAUUCUGAAAGAGAUACUGUUAAAAAUGGUACCCUUUCUCUGGUGCCUUACAGCAUGACAUCAGAGCAGUUUGUUGACUAUGCCCGACAAACAGAAGAGAGCUAUGGUAGCUCCCACUACCCAUCAGCAAACCCCUCCGUAAUAGUCUGCUGCUCUUCAUCAGAAAAUGAUAGCCAUGUGCCAUGUAAUAGCUUAUACCCUGAACACAGGCCAAACCACCCUCAAGUGGAAUUUCACUCUUAUUUGAAAGGUCCCUCCCCAGAGAGAUAUGUUUCUACUUUGAAUGGUGAUAGUCACAUAGUUGAGCAUCCUGCUGAAAAUUCCUUAAGCCUUUCGGAAAAGAGCAGAUUGCACGAAGAGUGCAUCAAGUCAUCGGUGAUUGAGACCGUCCCCGUGUAGUAGGUUAAAUUGUCCCAGAACCACCUUCCUAUAUUUAAAUGCACUGUAAUUUAAUUGGAUUUCCUAGACUCCGCAUUGUUUUAAACUGUGGACCAAGAAAACUUGGACUAUGGUUAAUGUUCCGGAUGCUUUUGUUUCUUCUUUCUAGCUUUUGGGACAGUGGCAUUGCACAAAUACAAGUUCAUACAAGGAUUUUGAAAUAAAUCAGACGUUUUUGAUAAAAAAAAGAGCUAAAUUUAAAAAUACAUAUUUCAGUCACUGACCCGUCAAACUCUGUGAAACCUACCAACCGGUAUAGAUCAAAGCUCCAAGUUUUUUGAUUAUCGGGCCUGUGCAAGAUUAUUAACUAAUACUUGGAAAUGAUCAGAUUUAGAGUCCUAAUUUUCAAUCUAUCUGAAGUUGAUGGUGACUUUUUAAUGUAAAAGUAAUUAUUGUAAGAAAAAGAUUUAAUCGUUCAUAUGUAUUUUAUUUAUGGUAGUUUAGCAGAUCAUGUUUUGAUGGAAAUUAACCUAUGUUCAUUUAAACUUAAGAGCCACACCAGAGCAUGCCCACAUGGAUUGCAUCUAGCGUUCCAUCUACAUUUUUAUGAACAUUACUAAUACGAUCUGCAGAUACUUUCUUAAGGGUGAACUAGGCCUAUUUUUGCUAUUUUGAACAAAUAAAUCUAUUUGUGCAGGUCCAUACACAGUUUUCUCUAAAGGUAAGGGUUAGGACAAUCCUCCUGCUAGGGUCUGGAUCAGUGCCUUCCCACAGUUAAUUCCAGGGAAGGAGGUAAAAGGAAUUGCCACUUUAGAAACAAAAAUAAUAAAAAUGGCAUUGUCUUUGUUCUUAGCUUGUCUAGUAGCACCUUUGAGCCCUAAGCCCCCACAUGGAAAUGCACUUUAGUGCCCUUGGCAGUACCUGCUAAGGUGUAGGAACUGUGAAAAUUUUAGGGGGUUAGGGGCUGGGGUAGAAAGCUGUAAUUAUCGUGGGGUUUAUAUGAUACAGUAGUCUUAAAAUAAUAUUUUUUGUGAAGGAACAAAUAAAGGUUUUCCUCAGCCAGUUUGGGAAUCUAAAUCCGAAGUCAAUAAGAGCAGAGUUAUAAUGCUGUCAGGUUAUAAGAAGCAUGAAAUGGACAUGGAUAGAGCAGGCAGACUUUCUUUUCUAUAAAAAGACCAAUCUUUGCAAAUUAGAUGUAUAGAGAGAUUUCAAUUUUGUAAUUAACAGAUUGACAUGGGGCCAUCACCCAAAUGUUCAACUAGGCCUUAAGUUUCUGAAGCAUUAUGAAUUUCUCUUGCCUGGAACAAUUAGCAGGAAAAUCCAGAAUGCAUUAUUUGCAUUCUCAUUACCUCAUGUUCCCUUAAUUUAUUAAAGGAACAGACACAUGGAAUCUAAAACAUGCACUCCUGGCCUUUAGAUUAUCUGCACUUGGUUUGCUGGAAAAGGAUUUCUAGGAUCCCAUUUUUCUCUGUAAAUUGACUUAGGUAACUAAAUAGCGUGCACUACCUUUCUUUCAAUGCAAUAUGACACUUCACCUGUUUCAGUAUUUCGUCCUAUGGAUAUGAAGUAUCAUAUGUUGUACGUCAGUUUAAAGUGUAGCUUUGCCUUGCUGUUCAAUGACUGCAUUGCUUCUUAAUUUUUAUGUCUUUCAGACUUAGAUGUUUAAGAAUAUGAAUUUAAGCAUAUUGUAAAAUUUUGACUCUGUACAUUUUAUUCAGUAACUCUCAAAUAUGCUUGAAUUUCCAUGGAAAACCCUUGCUAAAACUUGGGAAAGGGAAGGGUUAGGUAAUUUGUUCACUUGGCAGCUAGUUCUUUGAUAAUUAAAUUAUUUCUCCCCUUUCCCCACUCACUACAUACACUGCCCUCUUCCCCCCCCCCAAACACACCCUAACCUAAAUAGCUAGUCAUUUCUCUCACAGUCAAAGGGCCUUUGGAAUUCUUUCUCAGACAGGGAAGUAAUGUGGGCUAGUGGCAUCCCUUUAAUAACCAACCUAAACUAUUAGACUUCAUAUAUUUAUGGCAUCCAUUAAAUAUAUUCGAUGAAGUUUCAGUUCAUAGUGACUGAUACCUUUGUUUUCUUUCCCUAGUAAGAAUCUAAAGAGGACAAAUCCCAGGAGAAAAUGAAAGGGGUCCCUCAAAAUUCAGAAAAGACGCAUAUUUAAUUUAUUUGAAGGACUGUUAAAUAUACUUUUUAAUCUCAAAAAAAAAAAAAGAUCUUGAAAUGUCCAUAGUACAGUGGCCUAGGAUUUGUCUUUUGAAGGAGCCAUAAAGAGAUCUGUGAUCUGUGACAGGGUUGAAGGACAAAGGGAGGUUUGGCUUCUCACCUGAGAGCUAUUUAUAGGACCAUUUGAUUUAGUGAGAGUUAACUUUCUGAGGCAGCAACCACAUCUGAUGAUUUCACCCUUAUCUAGGAUAACUGGCUUCUAUCUUUGAGCUUUACUUCCAAAGUGAUCCCUAACCCAGCAGCUGCUUACUCUCAUAGGUAAUCAGGGAAGAGUAUGCAGCGAUCCUGCACAUAGGCAAGAGAAUCAUCCCUUCCUAUUUUCCAACAUAUUUUCUCUAUUUUUACUAUCCAUCCCCACUCUACUCCAUAUCCUCCCUUUUAAAAAAUCCUCAACAAUAUACACUAGCAGUUUCCUGUCACUUACUUCCUUUUCCUCCCUCAUAGGGUGUACCAAGUGUCAGAUAUAUGACUAGUAAUAUGCAGAAGCAUACUUUCCCCUUAAAUUCUAAUAGGAUCUUAUGGUCUGAAAAAUAUAGUAAUUUUUUAAUAUGUACUAGCAUUUUAGAAAAUAUUUGACGGAAGAUAUAUAUAUAGAGAGAGAGAGGCUGUGGUGGUUAUAUAUACAUAUAUACUCAUGCAUAUAUGUAUAUAUGGUAUACAGAUACAAACGAAUAUAUGCAUGUACACAUAUACAUGUACAUAGAUGUACAAACACAUGCAUCUCUCUCUCUCUACAUAUGUAUUGUGUAUGUAUCACUGGGUCUAUUUCUAUGUUGCUCUUUUUCUGAGUAAAGUUAAUAGAGCAGAGAAUUCCCAUUGCCUUUUCCCCCCAUAAGUAAUUCCUUUAUUCAACAAUAACUGCCCACAUGCCAAGAAAGUUAAAAAUUUCAUCAGAAGUUUAAGGGGGGGUGGGGAAUCAAGUGGGAGCCAGUCAAUUGGGAUAUAUUUUUAGGGCCUUAGUACUGAGACUCAAUAACCUGACCAACAUCUGUUGUAUUGCCUCAACAAUUGUUCAGUCAUUUUCAGCCUUGUCUGACUCUUUCUACUGACCCAAAUUAUAGUCCCCUUUGCCACAGAGCCUUUUAGUUAUUCACAGCCCAUUGUAAAGCUUCUUUCUCUGGACCUUGUUUUACUUCCAACCCUGUGCCUUUUAUUGGUCUUUGCCUCUCAGUCGCAGUCAAGACUGAAAUGAUUUACAAGUCAAGUGGUUGAAACAGCUUGCUACUAACCACCAUUGUAUAUGGUGGUUGCUUGGAGAAGAAAGAAAAUUAUUGUGUUGUUUUAUUCUUUCUUCAUUUCAUCUCUUGACCAUUUAUACAAAGAUAUAGCAUUGAGACAUAAGUAAAACCAGUCUAUCUCCUAUAUCCUGUUAGAUGACUGAUAUACUUUCCCUUUAGAAACCAGUCAUUUUAUCUUGAUUAGAGAAAUCAUCUCUUCCUAUCAGGAUAGUCAGAGAUUCAGAGGAAAGUACCUGAAAUGGAAAGUCCCCACUAAUAAUUAUGACCCAAAAACCCAUUCUUAUAGUUUAGAGUAUCACUGUUCAUCUGAAUAUGCAUAAAUCAAGAGAUAAAGAAAUUAUGUUUAGUUAUUAAGCUAUUAUACAAUCUACUUUCAGUAUCAUACAAGCCCUGUACGAAAUUUCAGUUUACCAGUCAACAAGUAUUUAUUGUGUGUUUACUAUGUAUGAGGCAUUGUGCUAAGUACUGGAGAUACAAAGAAUGGUCAAAAUAAAAAUUCCCUAUCUUCAAGGAACAUACAUCCAAAUAUACAAGAUAUAUAUGGAAUAUGUGAAGGAUGAUCUUAAAGGGGAAGGGAAGCAUUAACAGCUAGGGAGAAGAGGUCUAUUUCAGAUGAAUUUUGAAGGAAACCAGAGGACAGAAUGUCCUCUUCAGUUCAGAGCUUCAGGUUUUAAAUGGAUGACACCCUUUGUUUUUCUGUUUCAUUGUUGUUCAGUUGUUUCAGUUGUGUCCAACUCUUCAUGACCCCAUUUUGGGUUUUCUUGUCAGAGAUACUAGAAUGGUUUGCCAUUUCCUUCUCCACCUCA